AUGCAAGCGCACUUGAGGCCGUCUGACGGUCCUGGUCGCUUCAGCAACGCCACUACACCCCACGAGUGUCGCUCGUCUGGAAAGCGAGGGCCUCGUCUCCAGCCCGGCUGCGGCCGGGCACCUGGCGUCCACCACGGGCGUGCACAGAGGGUGCAGCGGUGGAAGAUCCCAACUCAUGUCAUCUACUCGCAGAACGCACGUGGGCUCAAGACCGACAGCGCUCUCACCGAGGCUAUCGACGCUCUCCGACACCGCUCAGGCUUCUCUGCCGGGCUGCAGGAGACGUGGAGAACGGGCCUGGAGGAGAUUGAGGAGGACGGCUUCGUCUUCCUCGGCGCUGCACCCGCUGUACAGAACGGACGCGGCUCAAAAGGAGUCGGCAUCCUGCUCUCGCCACUGGCUGUCGCUGCGUGGCGAGCAGCUGGAGCCGUUGUGCACAACGACGUAGGCCCGCGGGUUAUCGCAGUGCGUAUGGAGGUUGAAGAUUCGGCUGGCAGGAAGCAGGGACUGUUUCAAGUGGCGUCGUAUGCGCCUAUCUCGACAGCCCCGGACACCGAAAAGGACGAAUAUGAGACCGCUCUCGCCUGUGUGCUCUCGCGACGGCAGUCCGGCGACAUUGUGAUUGUUUGUGCUGACACUAACGCGAGCAUCGGACGCGGCUGCCUUGGCGGCCAAAAUGUCAACUACGGUGCGGUCGGUUCUCAUGGUAUCGACUUUCUCAAUGACUCUGGGCGCCGCCUGCGCUCGUUUAUGGAGCUGCACGACCUUGCUGCACUGUCCUCGUUCUUCAAGAAGCCGUUUUACGGGACGUGGCUGCACCCGUGCAGUAAGCUGCAGAAGCAGCUGGAUCACAUCAUGAUCUCUCGAUGCGACUUGAAGAGAUUCACAGACGCCGGGGCAUGCUGUGGACAGUUGAUCGACAGCGACCACAGUGCUGUCUUCUGCAAGCUGCGCUUCACAGUGCGGCUUCGACGCAAACUGGAGCCGCGUGCUCAGCUCGCUCGACUCGACACCGCACCGUUGCUGAACCAGGACCAGGCGGUCCAGUUCGCUACGGAUGUGGUGACGAGCCUCGGCACAUCCGACGCCUCGGCCGUAUCGUACUCAACACUGGCCAAGGCGGUGGAAAAGACCGCUGCCGAGACGCUCCCCAAGCGUGAGCGGCCUGCGCCGCUGUGGUUUGCGGCGAAGGAGGGCGUUUUGCGUGCCGCCAUCGCGAACCGCAACGCCACCUUCAACGCUCAUCAGCGGCAACCGACGGCGGACGCUGCCGCUCGAUAUCGACAGGCGCGCUCACGCGUGCAGCUCGAAAUCAGGCGUGCCAAGUCGGAUUGGAUCCUCGGCAAAUGCACCGCCAUCAACGAUGGCAUCUGCGGCGCCACGGGAUCCGCGGCCGCCUGGGCGACCGUAAAGGUGCUCAAGGCUGGCCUCGCGCCGCCGCGCCGUGCACCACCGGCAAAGAUGAAAAAGGCCGAUGGCUCUCUCGCUGACACGCCAGAGGAGAAUGCGAGCGUCUUUGCCGACGCGUUCUCCCAGCUGUAUGGUCGAGAGGCGUCCUUCGACCCCUCGGUGCUCGACGACCUGCCACAGAGGCCGGUCGCCGUUGGUCUUGACCACGUACCGUCGGACGACGAGAUUCAGCUGGCGACGAGCAAGCUGCACGCUACUGCUCCGGGCCCAUCAGGCCUGCAUGCACGGCUGUGGCAGGCUCUCGUGUCGACGAGCGACGGAUUUGGCUUCGUGAGACAUCUCGUGCAACACUUCUGGGAGACCGAAGAAGACUCCAUGUACGCCGACGACGCGGGCCUCGCCUUCUGCUCUCGGCGCGGCGUCGAGGUCGAGACGCCCAAGGUGGUCGCGCACUUCGCUCGCUGGGGCAUGGAGAUCCACGUCGGCAAGGACGGCUCCAACGGCGAGCCUCGCAAGGACUCGAAGUCGGAGGUGCUCUUCUGCGCGGCGGCGCCGACCUCGUACAACAACCCCGCCACCUACGACGGCGCCGACCUGUCCGACAUCAAGCUGCCCGGCGGCUGCUUCAUGCCGGAGUUUCGGCACGUGAGCGAGUCAGAGCUGCCGACCACGUACGACCCUGAGGCGUUUGCUGCCGUGUGGAGCGCGCACCCUCGCUGCUGCCUGGCGCGGCUGCGAGAGAUCGUCGCUCGCGUCGCGCCGCUCGCUGCGGUGGUGCUUCGCGACUCGCUGCGCGGCGGAGUUCCGGGCGAGUCCGAGGCGGAGCGGGACGCUCGGUACGCGCUGCGAGCUCGCGAGCUGCGUGGCUGCCUGACCGACCUCGGACCAACCUUCAUCAAGGCCGGCCAGGCGCUCUCCAUCCGGCCGGACGUGCUGCCGCCUCCGGCCGUCUACGAGCUGCAAAAGCUCUGCGACGCGGUGCCCUCUUACCCGACGGCGGCGGCGCUCGCUCUCAUCGAGGCGGAGCUGGGCGCUCCUGCGUCGAGCCUCUUCGAGCUCGACGCGUCGUCGGAGCCCAUCGCAGCGGCCUCGCUCGGGCAGGUAUACCGCUGCAGGCUGCGCGAGGGCGGCGCGGAGGUGGCGCUGAAGGUGCAGCGGCCCGACAUGAUCCGCGCCGUCUCGCUCGACCUCUACCUGCUGCGCCGCUACUGCCUCUUUGUGGAGUGGUUCAAGGUGCGAGUCCUGACCAACUUGCUCGGCGCCGCCGAACGCACGCCGUUUGACGUGGCGCUGCUCGACACAUUCGCACGCGCCUCGUACCUCGAGUUAGAUUAUCGGCACGAGGCGGCCAACUUGGAGCGGUUUCGGACGGAGCUGCUCCCGCGGCUCGGCAGCAGUGUCUACGUGCCACGCAGCUACCCUGCCGUCACCACGCGCAAGGUGCUCGCCACCGAGUGGAUCGAGGGCGAGCAGCUGGCCAGGUCGCCGCCGGAGGUCAUCAACCGGCUCAUCGCGACGGGCGUGGACUGCUUCAUCUCUCAGCUGCUAGAUGUCGGAUUCUUCCACUCCGAUCCGCACCCCGGCGACCCACCCCCUACCCCCACGCUGCCAAUUAGGCACCUGACCUCCGCGAUCGUCAACCUGAUGCGCGGCGAUGUCGAGGGACUCGUCAACGACGCGAGCACGCUGCGUUCCCUCGGCUCUGCGAUCACGCUGCGCUUCUUACCGCCGGACGUGGACAGGGAGGCGCUGCUGCCGCCGCUGCGGCGCGUGUUUGAGCAGGGGCGCCUCGCCGCGGCCACCCAGGCGAGCGAGAGUCUCGGCGGCGGCGGGCGGCGGCGCGGCGGCGGGCGGGCGGCGGAGUACAGUGCGGCGGCGUACCCCCUCGCGGCGCAGCACGCGGCGCGCCUAUUCGGCGCGAAGCAGCUCGCCAGCAUGCUCGGCGAGGCGAAGGCUGCCGAGCGCAGCUGGCGCGCCCUGCUGCGGCGCGAGUCUCGGCAACCGCGCGGCCAGCUGCCGUCGGUGGAGGUGUUGUGA